UUUUUUUUUUUUUAGACAAGUGAUAUGUAAUUGUGGCAACUGACGAAGUCUAGUUCUACAAGUACGCACUAUAGCGGAGUUCUACGAACUCCGGUCCGAGGAAAAAAUGCACUUAUGCACACCCAUUUUCAUGGGGCGUGUGGGACUCAUUUACUACCUGGUUGCCUCGUUCGUAGAGGGCCUGGGUGGUUCGAUACCCACUAAAACCUCAAGGGCGGUAACCCAUCUCUUUCUUUGCCUGGUGUCUCUCGUUACCCGCCAGCUCUUUCUUCGCCUCCGGGGCUCUGGAAUAACUUUUUGUCCGCACGAAGCAUACAAAUCAAGAAGUCCAAGAAGUCACAGUGAGCCUUCGCUACCAUCAUUCAUUCCUCAUUAUUUUUAUCAUUUGAUUUGUUUAUCACGGUAUUUAUCAUUCUAUUGUUCGGUUUGUUCAUAAAUCAUCCUUGUAGCUUCUAGUAGAAAUUGCAUUCAGAGCUGGAUGAAUAAUGCAUCAUUUUACGACAAUAACUUAACGAGGGGAAAUUGAUGGGGAGCCCGUGGUGUGUUCGUAAGGCGUCAAAGAAAGCGCCAAUGGGCACAACUCAGUUGCUGGUGGUGGACUCGGAGUACCAUUAGAUGAGGCGGGCACGACGGCAGAAUAGGAUGAGAUUCAGCUGAUGAUGCAAGACGGCGGGCAGACAGACUUCCAGAAGUUGUUUGUGUAAUAUUGAUCCAAACAAUUCUGAAAUUCUAUCACCGAUUGAUAUAUAUGA